GGGUCACAUGGUGGUUCUAUCUAACGUGUAGAGGAACCACCAAACCGUUUUCCACAGUUGCUGCACCGUUUUACAUUCCCACCAACUCUGUGUAAGGGUUCCGGUCUCUCCAUAUCCUCUCCUGACUUGUAAUCUUCUGUUUUUGCUUUGUUCUGUUUGUAAUGGUCUUCCCAGUGGAUGUGAAGUGGGGUCUCGGUUUGAUUUGCAUUUACCUAAUGACUGGUGAGCAUCUUUUCACGUGCUGGUUGGCCAUUUGUGUAUCUUCUUUGGAGAAAUGUGUGUUCGGUUUCUUUGCCGAUUCUUUAUCUUUUCUGGACGAAGUCCAGUUCAUCCAUUGUUUUCAUUGUUUUUUUUGUUGUUGUUGCUUAUGUGUUUGGUGUCAUAUCUAAGAAACCAUUUCAAAUCCACGAUCGUGAAGAUUUACCCCUAUUUUUCACUUAAGAGUCUUAAAGUUUAAGGCAUCUAUGCCUUCCAUCGGUUUUGAGUAAAUUUUUGUAUGUGCUGUGAGGUGGGGGUCCAGCUUCAUUCUUUGGCAUGUGGAUGUCCAUUUGUCUUAGCAUCACCGUUGAAAACUUUGUUCUUUGAUUUGGUGUCCUUGUAGAAAAUCAGUUGACCAUAAAUGUAUGGAUGUAUUUUCUGGACUCUCAAUUCUGUGCUGUUAGUCUACAUAUCUAUCCUUAUGCAAGGAACAACACUGUUUUGUAGUGCAUUUUGAAAUCGGGAAGUGGGAGUCCUUCAACUUGGUUAUUCAUUUUCAAGAUUGUUUUUGGCUGUUUGGGGGUCCGUUGCAGUUCCAUAUGAAGUUAAAGAUUAAUUUUACCGUAUUUGCAAAACAAGACCGUUGGGGCUUUGAUAGAGAUUGCAUUGAAUCUGUAGAUCUCUUAGGAGUGUGUUUCUGUGUUUCAAAAUACUAACUCUUCAGUCUACGAACGAGGAAUGUCUUUCCAUGUAUUUUUCUUCCAUUCAGCAGUGUUUUGUAAUUUACAGCGUACCAGUCUUGUACUUUUUUGGUCAAAUUUAUUUCUAAAUGUGUUGUUCUUUUUGAUGCUGUUGUGAGAGGAAUAUUUUUCUUAAUUUCAUUUCCAGAUCGCUCAUUGUUAGUUUGUAGAAAUGCAACUGGUUUUUGUGUGUUGAUUGUGUAUCCUGCAACCUUGCUGAAUUUGUUAGUUUUUAUAGUUUUUUGUAAGUUUUUCAGGAGUUUCCAUACAUGAGACCAUGUCAUCUGUGAAUGGAGAUAGCUUUGCUUCUUCCUUUUCAAUUUGAUGCCUUUUGUUUCUUGUUCUUGCCCGACUGCUCUGGCUGGAGCUCCAGUACAAUGUUGAAUAGCAGUGGUGGAAGCGGGCAUCCUUGUCUUGUUGAUCUUAGGGGAGAACUUUCAGUCUUUGACCAUAGAGUAUAACGUUAGCGGUGGGUUUAAGUAAACGCAUUUUAUCAGGUUGGGGAAAUUCCCUUCCGUUCCUAGUUUGUUGAACAUUUUUAUCAUGAAAGAGUGUUGCAUUUUAAUAAGUGCUUUUCCUGCAUGAUCACGUGGUUUUGUCUGACUGCUUCUUAAACAGACUUUCAGCGUUUGAUUCUUCCUGUAUUUUUGGUUCUUUUCUACACACUCACUUGUAGAUGUACGCAGGUGUCGCUGUCUUAACCAUUUGGGGGUUCCAUGAUGACAGUCGCGUUAUUUCUCCAUGUUCCUCAUUGUAAGCUUAUGAUUCAGCUUUUUAUGGCAUAGGUGUGUUUUCAUUUAUCCCUUUGCUUUCUAGUUUCCAGGUUCUUGCUACUUAUUGUGUUCUCCUCCUUUGUUUUGCUCUGUGGAUGUAUCCCUUUAGGAAAAUGCCUUUUUAGGAGGGGUGUGCCAUCUUUGUUCAGUGCAUCAUCUAAAACAUUUUUUAAUUUUAUAUUUUGGGGAGAGAGAGUGCGUGUGUGCAAGCUGGGGAGAGGGGCAGAAGGAGAGAGAGAAAAAGAGAGGGAGAGAGAAUCCCAAGCAGACUCCCCACUCCCAACGUGGGGCUCAAGCCCACAACCCUGGGAUCAUGACCUGAGCCGAAAUCAAGAGUCAGACAUUCAAGCAACCCAGCCACCCAGGUGCCCCCCCCCCCCCAAGUGCACCAUUUUAAACUGGAAAUUCUUGGGUGACCUAUUUUCAGAGAAAGCUGGCAUUUGAUGGAGUGUCUGCUCAUAACCAUUGUUUUCUGGUCUGAAUUUAUGAUGGUCAGAUGGUCUCCAGAUUCUGAAAAUAGAGCCAGUUUGAAUUUGCUAACAGUAUAAAUGCCAGACGACAUUUUUGAGAGAAGUGACAGGGGAUGAAAGUUGCAUCUUUCAGCUUUGCAGCUCCUGUCCUCACCUAAAUACUUCAGGGUGAGGCAAGAGCCCAGGGAAUUGCAGUGACCAUGAGGCCCACUGCUGGUUCAGGUGCGGCGGUCUUGAGGACACCACAGGAGGGAGCGCCCACAUCUGGGUUCACAGGGCGGGCGGGAACAAGACACUGAUGGUGUCCCAGCAGGAGUGACCUGGGACCUGAGGUGCUGCUGCACCUCUCAGUGGAAUGGCUGUGCCCAUUCUCUGUCUUCCUCCCCUCGGAACUCAUUGCUGUUAGGGCUGCUCGCCCCUCUGGAUUUCUUGUGGAGGAGGAGUAUGGACCUGCUGAUGCGCGUGUGAAACCGGUUCACUUCCGCUGGACCCAAAUGAACAGGGUUGGCAGAGGGGAACUUCUGCUGCUUAUGACGCGCUGUUUGUCAUAAUCGUAUGUUGUAGUCGGUUCUACUUCAUUAAGUAACUUGCGUGAUUAUUAGGCGGUCUUGCGGUUUGAAUCGCAUCUGUAAUUAACCAUGCUUGUUAUUUGGGCGCGUCGUCUUUGGUUGAGUCACACGGGCACUCAGUGAUUGCUCACUGGUUGCAAAUUUUCGUUGAAGAGGUAACUAUGUGACAGAUGCUUUCUGAUGUUUGUGCAGGAUGAAAGCGCGGGUCCCAGAUGUAAGGAGUGGGGAGAACACUCAUAUAGACCAGCGAUUCCCAGCAGGGGGGAGAAGCCUCUCUGGGCACUUGAGUAGCUUCAAAACAAAGCGGUGCUUUGCCUGGGUGCUUUUUUAGUCCUUGUCUUUAUUUUGUUUGAUCUUCAAUUAAUGUUAUUAGAAGAUAUGAGCUAUAUCUAGAGUAUGGAAAACAGAUCCGUUGGAUGGUUUCUUCACUUGUUGCUUAUGCUGCAAACCUUUUCAUUACCAGAAGGCCCUCAUUUUUAGCCUGGUACUUGGCGGAUGGGAGGACAGAGCAUAAAAAGGGUCAUUGAGAACUGUGUGCAUUAAGUGUUUACGUUCAUGGCACAACUAAAAUCCUGUAAUUGCCGUUGCCAAUUACAGUUGGAAAUAAAACAAAGCUGAUACAGCUGUUUUGAUCAGAUGAGGAAACAGGAAGAGUGUUUUGAAUGCAUUGGGAAGAAUGAGGUCCCCAGGUAUGCAUGACCCUCCCUGUCCAUGCACGUGUGUAGCUCUCGACCGUGGUUUUGCCAAGCACACUGAUGAGCAGUGGAGACCACUGAGGGACUCGAGGAUUUUCAGUCUAAAGGCACGCAGCAGUGAGUGCCCCACGGUGCAGACACCUAAGAAGGGUUCAUUGGCUCAGAGAGCUCAGGGUUGAGGUGGAGGGAAAGACCCAUUAAUAGGUAGCUAUUACAGUUUCUGUCAAGUGAGGGCUGCUGGGGAGCACUAAAGCUAGCAUCUAACUUGGACAUGGGGGUUGGGAGCUCCAGGAGAGCUUUCUGGAGGCGGUGUCUCAGCUCUGAACUCCAAGGAUGAGUAGAAGGUAGCCAGGAGCAUUUGGGGUAGAAAGAGCCCAAGGGAAUGAGGACGGGGAAUCAGGAGGACAUCCCGGACGAGGGAAGAGUGUAGGAACAGUGUGGGAUAAGGAGAGGAGGGUUGUCUUGAGUCCAGGCUUUCAGUGAGGCUGCCCUGUGGAUUGCUGGCAGAUGGAGAGGGGAAGUGGGGCGUCUGGGUGGAGGCUUCUGUGCAUUCAGUCUCUUACGUCUUAUGUCUGGGUGCUGGGGAGCCAUGGUGGCAUGUGAAGGCGGUGAGGUGGUUGAUCUUUUUGUAGACAGACCAUUCUGGCAGUAUUCUGGCUUGAGGGGGCGGGUCUAGAGGGCGGAACUAGUCAGCAGUGCUUGCCGGAAGCCAGCAGGAGAUGGCAAGCAGGGGGAGCAGGACUGAAGAGGGGGUGGGCCACUGGAAGGAGAGAAGCAGGCCGGUGGGUGAUCUGGACAGCCUGGAUUUACUUAUUGCAGACCAUCCUGAUGGAAAUGCUCAACACAAAGUAAAGUUGGAUGCUUGCCCGACUUAGAUACAAAGGAAUUACGGGUUAGGUAAAUCAAGUCAGAGUAAUAGAAUCCGUAACAGACUCUUCGUGUGUUCUUGGGUUGGGGGAGGCCUUUCUGAGUCCGAUGGACAUGAGAGUCAGGGAAGGACUGACAGCACAGCCCAGGUCACCGUAGGCCAGUUCGUUGGCAAAUGGGGAUGUCCCAGGCCUGUGUGACGCGUAUGGUUGACAUCCUAUAAAACAGUAAGAAAAAGGCAGACCUCCCAGUUGGGUCUUCCUCCCGUGUCACAGUGACCGCACGCGGUCCGAGCUCCCAGUGGCGGCGCCAUCGGGCGCGGUGGAGCCUGGGAAACGACGCCCAGUUGCUGCUGUGGAAGUGACGCCUCGGGCAGGCCUGCUAACUGUGUUGGUUGUAAGGGGGUGUGGUGACUUCCGGGUGUGAAGCAACACAGUAAAGCUAUGUUGUCGGUGCCCUGGGGUCUCAGAUGAAGGACUGUCUGUGUGAGAGGAAGCGGGCUUGUUAUUUAAAAAGAGCCCUUAUCAUCAAGAGCCCUUAUCUUCGGGAGAUGUGAGGGGUGCAGAGAAGCAAUCACCUUCUCUACAAGCCCAGAGCUGUGUUGACGAAAACAAACCCAUCAGCCUAGUCUCUUCCUGUGUCUUACAUUCCUCGCCAAGAGAAACUUGCCUUGGCUGAAAACUAUCUCUCAGUGCAGACUUGUUGCUGCUGAUGACUUUUAUGGAGUCCUUCUACCCCGUGCCAGGCAACACGAGCAGGCUCGGGGCCGUCACUAGUCCACUCCUCGGGUGACACUCUGAGCUCAGGCCCUGCUGACACUCCCAUUUGAUGGCACCACGCAGGUGUGAGUGCACCGUCAUUCCCCUUCGCUCUGGGGUCUCUCGGCUGAAUUUCAGAGCCUGCUUCACAAAUGAAGACCAGAAAAGCCUUUUUUUUUUUUUUUUUUUUUUUUUUUUUAAUUAUACUUACUGGGUUAGUUGUUGAAAUUACAAGACCAAUACCUACUCUUUAAAAAAAUUGUUGAGCAGAGCAGAAGAGUGUAAAUGAAACGUGGAAGUCCCAUUCUCUAUAAUUUUACCAUUAAGUUUAGUGGUGUCUUGUACAAGUUUAAAAAACAUUGAAAUACAUGUGUGUGUGUGUGUGUGUGUGUGGAUGUAGACAGUAUGUACAUACACAUAACAUUUAGCAUUCUGUGAGGGCCUUUCAAGUAUUUUUGUGUUAGUCGUUUGUAUCUGAUUCACUAUUUUAUUUUUAACCUUUUUUUAGUUUUUAAAUGUUUGUAUUUGAGAGAGAGCACUAGUAAAGGAGGGGCAGAGAGAGAGGGAGACACAGAAUCAGAAGAAGGCUGAAGGCUCUGAACUGUCAGCACAGAGCCCUAUAAGGGGCUCAGACUCACAAGCCGUGAGAUCGUGACCUGAACCAAAGUCAGUUGCUUAACCUACUGAGCCACCCAGGCGCCCCUGAUUCACUGUUUUAAAUACCCAGUUCAUUUUUAGGAUUCUGAGUUAGUAUGAAUUAGAGUAUUUCAUAAACUAACAUUGUUCUAUUUCUUAAGAUAAAAACAGAUGAAUGCCAAUUUCUAACCCAAAUUAUGAUUUUUUUAUACUUUUACUUAGACUGCAUUAUGCUUUUUUUUUUUUAAUCUGUAGGCAGAAAUAACUGGUGUUUUUAUUAGUCUCUACAUUAUCUAAUUUUAACAGGAUUAAGAUCUGAGCAGAACAGUUACAUUAAGAUUUAGUUCUAAUUUUUAAAGACUCAUUUUAGUUUGAAAAGCAAUUCAUAUCUGCAGAGGACUUAACAAAUGAACACCCAGUUGCAGUGCAGCUGCCCUUUGAAAGCAGAGCCCUGGGUGAUUAAGGGCGGGUGAGGGUGGCGUUAGAACGUUUGUUAGGCGUGCAUGCACGUCCUGGGGCCACUGUGGGCCUGCCUUGUGCGGCAGGAGCCCCGUGCCGUCAGCACAGACCGUCCCAGAGGGACGGCUCUUGUGGCAGAUGGCGGCGUCUGGAGCUGCGCCCAGAGCUGGGAGGAGAGUCUGUCACUGUCCCCUUUGAUUGCCGCUGUCCCUGUGGACAGGUCAUGGACAAGAGCCGCCAGUUCUGACCUUUGCCUUGGGGAGAGGGCCGCUUUGCACAGGGGUGACGAGGUGGACCCACGGCACGUUGUUUCUGGGGAUUUCCGAUCGGAAAGCUGCACUGGUCUGUUCCGCUUGGGCUCGUUGAGUCUCAAUCCACUUGACCUGUCCAUCUCUGUAGACCGUUACCGACUGGGUGGUGCAGUUGUGGUCUGUAGGGUGAGAGGAGGUUCUUGUCUCCAGUUUUUCUUUAGAACGGAUAGCGUUUCCUAACAAAUUAUUGUGUGCUGAUAUUUCAGAGAUAUUAGUUUUUUCUGUCUCUGGCUUUGCCUUUCGCUUGAAGCUCUGUUUUCAACCUUGUGUGACUUGUAAUUUUCAUGAUUUUUCAGGCAUGUUUUCUGGAUGGUUACUAGAUUAGUACGGACAUUCUAAAUAGUAAAAAUUCAAAUUAUAUGUGUUCAUAGAACUAAAAUUCAUUCUUUUUAACAAAUAUAUGUAUUUAAAUAUAUAUAUAUAUAUAAAUAUAUUUUAGAGAAAAAGAGAGUGAAAGUGUGCGUGAGCUGGGUAUCGGGCAGAGGGAAAGAGAGAGACUCCCAAGCAGGCUCCAUGCUCCCGCUUCCGCAACCCUGGGAUGGUGACCUGAGCCAAAAUCAGGAAUGGGAUGCUCGACAGACUGAGCCACCCAGGUGCCUCAAGUUCAUUCUUGGUUAAAGCAUUGAAGAACAAAAACUAAGCUUUGUGUUUUCAUCUCUAUCAUAUGAUAUCAAUAUAACCAUAUGUACUCAAGAGGCAUUAAAGGAGAAGCACAGUGUAACUUAAGAGUAUUUUAUUUAUUGAUUGAUCGAUUGAUUGAUUGAUUGGCUUCUUGCCCAGCGCAGAGCCCAGUGUGGGGCUCGAGGUCACAACCCUGAGAUCAAGACCUCAGCUGAGAUCAGGAGUCGGAUACUUAACCGACUGAGUCACCCAUGUGGCCCUUAAUGGUAAAAAAAAUUUUUUUAAUCUGAUUUUAGAAGCCUGCUAAGAACUGCAUGUUUAUAAAGAUACUUAGUUCCUUAGGUUUGUAGCCAAAGUUCAGCCUAAACAGAGGACCUGUCCUUUGCCUGUGUGUGCUGACUUGCAUGCUGUCUUAGCCACUCGGCAACCAAGAGCAAGGGAGACACUUGGGGUGAUGUAGGGGCGUACUCCUUCCCGCUUGCACAGGACGCUCUUGGCCCUCUGUCUCCUGAGCUUAGAAAGCUGCCCCUUCUGAAGAGGCUUCUCUUAGUAGGGCAGAGGAGGCCCCUCCUGCACUGUGGGGCUCUUACCCAAGCCCCCUCGUGCAAAUCUGCCAGGCGGGACAGCCUGGGGGAGUCCUGCGCUGGGGCUCUGGGCCUGCAGAUGGGGCCCGAUAAGGCCCUAGCAGUCAGCACAGGACACUUUGAGAAGGGAGCAGCCUGGAAGGGACUGGGGAAAUGAGGGCAGUGGAGCCUGGACCGUGUCCCUCUUUGUAGCACAUCUGUUUGCAAAAUGUCGACCUCAAAUUCUUUCCAGGGUUUUCUGAUGUCAUUGAAGACGUUUCCAGUCCUCUUUUUCACCUACUGUUCGUGUGAUUUCCCUUGGGUCUCAGGCUGAGCCUGGUGGGGGCAGGCUUUAAGGUUACGUGUGGACUUGACUUAGUGAUGGAAAUGGAAGCUGGGAACAGCAUUUGGAAAAUGCUUAGCACUUAGGUUUAGUUAUCAGUGGGUCUAGUAUUGGAAUUGCUGCUUUGCUGUCACGCGUUCCUAUCUGCUUCUGGGAGAGGGCUGGCCUCGCAACCUGUUGACUCCGUGCUGGAGCUGUCCGAGCUGCCUGGUCGACUUUGUGUUUUAUUUAGGCUGGGGGUUGAGUGCAUCUUCCACCUCUAGAGUUGCUAACUGAAGAAAAACAAUCUGGUUUUUAUUUUUUUAAACCUUUUUUUUUUUUUUAACGUUUUUUAUUUAUUUUUGAGACAGAGAGAGACAGAGCAUGAACGGGGGAGGGUCAGAGAGAGGGAGACACAGAAUCGGAAACAGGCUCCAGGCUCUGAGCUGUCAGCACAGAGCCUGACGCGGGGCUCGAACUCACGGACCGUGAGAUCAUGACCUGAGCCGAAGUCGGCCGCUUAACCGACUGAGCCACCCAGGCGCCCCAACAAUCUGGUUUUUAAAAGGUUUAAAAUACAGGCUAUCUAACUUUAUUCUACAAAAUACUAAAGCUAAUAUCUGAGUGUUUGUCAUGGUCACUGCCUUACAUGCGUUAUUUCAUUUAAUCCUUUCUGCUUUAGGGGCGCCUGGGUGUCUCAGUCGGUUGGGCGUCCGACUUCGGCUCAGGUCAUGAUCUCACAGUUCGUGGCUUCGAGCGCCGCCGUCGGGCUCUGUGCUGACAGCUCAGAGCCUGGAGCCUGCUUCGGAUUCUGUGUCUCCCUCUCUCUCUGACCCAACCCCAUUUGUGCACUCGCGCGCUCUCUCUCUCUCAAAAAUAAAAAAAAAUUAAAAUCCUUUCCACUUGAUUUCAUUUUCAUCGUGUAAUUAUUUUUAAUGCUCACAUUUCAUGAAGGGAACUGAGGAAUACUUUCAGUGUUCUGGAGCCAUCGUACGAUCUGUUUGAGAGGGAGGGAAAGAAGGAAAGAGCGGGGUCGAUGGAGGGAAGGAGCCAGAUAAGUCUAGUAACAUUAACCAUCACCUCCAGUAAUUCUGUUCUGCAGUGAGCUUGGGAGAGGGCUGGAAUCACCCCUCCCUCUGGAGACUGACCAGUGCUGCCUCCUCGCACGUUCUGCUGUGCAGGAGUUUGACCCUCGUGUGCUUCUCCAGGGAGAAGUGGUUUUCUGGGCUGUGGAGUAAGCAGUGGCAAAAGCACCUCCCUGGGCCACGGGUCUGAUUAAGCCGGGGCCAGACACUGUGUAGAGUUUUAGACUUAGGUGCAUCUCACUGAAAAGCAUGAUGUGAAAUUCACGUGAUUAUAGGAGUGGGUGGGAAAAGGGCCCACUUAGUGGUGAGCGACCACACCCUCACCCUGGUGCCGUCGUAGCCGGGGAGCCGUGAGCAUCCUGGUGUGUCCUCCACCGUCCCCUCCUGUCUUUCCUCCAGAGCCAGGCUGCCGGCUGUUCCUAGAGCCUGGCGUCUGUCCACACUGGCACCCUCUUGAGGGUGUCGUGUUCGGGCAUUUUGUUACGUUUGUAUCUGCCCUCAUCAGACGUUUCACCCAGAGUCAGCCAGCGGGUCUGCUGCUCCCCAGGUUCCCUGUCCCUCUUCUCACCUGUCGGAUUUUUGACACCCUCUGCUGGAAUCCUGUCAUUCCUAGGAUUCCUGCCACAGGCAGUAGCUGUGCAUGGCUCUGGGCUCGAAAUUAUUUCAGCGACAAGAAGUUAAAUUUAUUUGCAAGUUGUGUCAUAAGGCCUCCGUUAAACCUGGCUACAGGUGGGAUGGCUCUCAGCUUUGUCGUCGGGCUCGUCGAGUGGUUCAAAAUGGCGGUAGCUGGUCGUCCACCCCUGUUAGCUUCUGGAAACACCGUUUGUCGCGCAUUAGAAAUUAGUGUAGUUCUUGUAGUGGGAUAAAAACGUGAGAACAUGUAAAUGUAACUUCUCAAGUAAGGCUGUGAGUUCUUGCGUAUGCCCUCGCCAGGGCCCGGAACUGCCCCCCCUGUGCUGAGUCACAGGCUGGAGCCCCUUCGGCCCUCGGUGGCCUCGUCAGGAGGAGAGCCGCCCCUGCUCCCCGCUUGGGGCCUCCCACGUGUCAGCCGCCGCAGUCAGCCAGUGGGGCCGAGCUGGAGCUGGGACCGAGCCCAGAUCUGCAGGCCUCUGCCCCUGUUCUCAGCUGGAUGCUCUCCUGUCUGUGUGUCCUGAUCUCUGAGGUGACUGUUCAAGUACUUGCCUGGGGCGGCGGGGGGGGGGGGGGGGGGGGGGGGUUCUGCCGUUCGUGUUUGCCACACUGAUUUCUGUAAACUUCAGGGAAACGUAAGCCAACCCAAGACAACCGUUCACUGAGGAUGUAUCAGAUACCAACCGUAGCACAGUUGGUGGAAAUUAGUGAUGAUGGUAACUUGACACUGAGGUUUAAUAAUGUCGGUAGAGCAGGUAUUGGAGACUGUUAGGGUGAAAGGUCACUGGGAAUGAAGUUGGAAAGUUUGGGUUUUGUUAAUCAUUGAGUAAGAGGGAAUAAAAAAGUUAGUCCGUUUCCACCCUGGAGAGUGAGAACAACUAUGGGGUAUUUAUAUAAGCGUUUCAUGGUUGCUUAGUAAGUUCCUGGUGCGAGUUGGGGUAGUCAGAAGCCGAGGUUACGCUGCGGGCGUGGCUUGGGAUCCGCACCGGCAGGUGAGCCAGGCAGGUGAGCCACGCUCGGAGGGCUGCGGGGACAAGGCCGCCUGGCUGUGCCCUCCUGCCGCGCCCGAGCCCGGACUCUGGCCUGGACUCCCACGUGGGCCGGAGGCGACUCUAGGAGGUCGGGCGGGGGAACGCGUCGUGGACCGGCCGCUGUAAGUGGCCAGAGGUCAUUUGUCUGUAGCCCGAGGGUUAAGUGCAUGUUUAGAGGGCCAGAUAACGUGUUUGUUCCGUGGGCCAGUAGACCGAGUCCCUGAGAAGCUCUGAAGAGUGUUGAAAAGUUUUUUACAUGCAGGAGUUUUGUGUGUUUGUUGACAUUAGUAGGCACAGUACAAUUUUUAUAACAUAAACAAUGCUUUUUAUUUCUGUGGUUCUUAAUCCUUUAAAGAAUAUUUGGAUUGUUAGAAAAUGGUGUGAAUUGAAGUACUUUUGCUUUGGUUUAUAGGAGACCGUCAUUUACACAUAAGUAUUUUUUGUCCAGGCUGGUCUGUAUUUUUAGUUUUAUCUUCCUUAGAUUUUUCAACAAUGGGUUAUGAUUCACAUUCACUACUAUGAGGUGUGUUUUUUGUUUUGUUUUGUUUUGUUUUUUUAAUUUGGAGGGUGUGUGGGUGUGUGGUGAGUGUGUGUGUGAGAGAGAAUAUUUUUAGCCAGAGGAAAGUUUGAGUCAUUCCAGGGAAAUUUCGAUGACAAUCUGAAAAACAGGGUGCUCAAAAAUGUGUUUUUAAGAUUUUAUUUUUUAUUAUUUAUUAUUUGUUUGAAAGCGGGCUCUGCGCUGACAGCAGAGGGCCUGAUGUGGGGCUCGAAUGCGAUGAACCUCGAGAUCAUGAUCUGAGCUUAAGUCAGUCGCUCAACCGACUGAGCCACCCAGGUGCCCCUUAAGAUUUUACUUUUAAGUAAUCUCUACACCCAGUGUGGGGCUCAAACUUACGGCCCCAAGAUCAAGAGUCGCAUGCUCUACCGACUGGGCCAGUCGGGCGCCCUAAAACUAUUUAAUUAAAAAAAAAAAAGUUCUUUUGGGGAAAAAUAAAAGUGUAAGCAGUGCCUUGAGCUCGUGUGUCGAUCAGCCUGCAGUUUUCUGGUUCUGAGGUGCUUGGAAAGGCAUGAGCAUCUGUGAUAAGUGCCUGACCGGGGACUGAGGAUCCCUUCUAUUUUUUUUUUUAGGUAGUUUGUUUUGUCUUGUUUUGUUUUCCUUUUUCAGGAAUCUCUACGCCCAGCGUGGGACUCAAGCUCACAACCCGGAGAUCAAGAGUCACGUGCUCUUCCACCUGAGCCAGCCAGGUGCCCCAAGAAUCCCAUCUAUUUUGGUCAAUAACAACGAAAACUUACUACAUAAGAAAGAGAACAUCUUGACACCUUUGAGAAUUUAAAAAUACAUUUUGAAAAGGGUCUGAGUCACUUUCUGUAUUCUUCUGAAGGUGCCCCAAUUUUCAUAACUAUAAUAUGAGACCGUGACCAUGGACUUUUCUCGGCUCCACAUGUACACCCCUCCUCAGUGUGCGCCCGAGAACACUGGCUACACGUACGCACUCAGUUCGAGUUAUUCGUCUGAUGCUCUGACUUUUGAGACUGAGCACAGAUUGGACCCUGUGUUCGAUUCUCCAAGAAUGUCCCGCCGCGGUUUGCGCCUGGUCACCACCACCUGCGCCACUGAGGACGGCCAGGCUGGGGACGCUUACUCCUGUGCCAGUAGCACUGCCUCCCUGAAGGACAGAGCGGCCCGAACUGCAAAGCAGCGCAGAAGUGCAAGCAAGCCGGCUUUUAGUGUCCACCACGCCUCCAGGCAGGUCGUGUCCUCGGCCGUGGGCCAGGGCGGCGCCGGCUCGCUGUCAGGUGCGGCCUGUGUGCGGCCUUCUGUGCUGGAUGAGUCUCUGAUCCGUGAGCAAACCAAAGUGGACCACUUCUGGGGUCUUGACGAUGACGGAGAUCUCAAAGGGGGAAAUAAAGCUGCCGCUCAGGGAAAUGGGGAUCUGGCAGCAGAAACUUUCAGGAGCAACGGCUACACCUGCAGAGACUGCAUCCUGCUCUCUGAGCGCAAGGACACGCUCACGGCACGCUCCACUGCCCACGGACUGUCGUCGCGAACAUACUCGAGGGACGAGAGUCAGAAACGCGGUGCCUCUUUCCACACGGAUAGGAUUUUGUGGCUGGCCACGGACGCUUCGUCAUCCCUGUCGUCAUUCUUAGCCCACCUUUUCCGAGUGGUUUUAAUGAAGCUCAAUUAUGAAUCAGGAAAUUACAAAUUGAAAAGUUACGAAUCAAAAGAUCGUGAAUCAAAAAGCUAUAAGUCAAAAAGCCAUGAACCAAAAGCUCUUUCCGGUCACUGUGGGACAGUGGAUGUAGGAGGGCUUCUCAGAGAGGACGGCCGCCUCGGUGUAAACGGGGAGUCCCCGUGCGAUGACUGUGAGGGGAAGAAGCUCCUCGAAACGCACGCAGACAUCCGCUUGCGGUCCUCGAGGCCAGAGAGGGUGGCGGGGGCCCUGUGGCCCGUCUUUUCUUACGCAGGUCACCUCUUGGUACAGAUGCUGCAGAGGAUUGGAGCUUCCGGACGGUUUGUGUCGAAGACACUGUUGUCGCUCCUUUGGUUGGCCGUGGUUGCUCCAGGGAAGGCAGCCUCUGGAAUAUUCUGGUGGCUAGGGAUUGGAUGGUACCAGUUUGUUACUUUGAUUUCUUGGCUGAAUGUGUUUCUUCUUACAAGGUGCCUUCGAAACAUUUGCAAGUUUUUAAUCUUGUUCAUUCCAUUAUUACUUUUACUAGGUGCAGGUCUGUCCCUGUGGGGCCAGGGACACUUCCUGUCAGGCCUUCGUGUGUUCAACUGGACACGUGCGCACGGAACCCAGAGGGCGGACGUCCCUGAGGGCACCUUCACACCUGAAGCCCCUCAUCUGAGCCCGCCGCCAGAGGGCGGCGGCGAGGCUUUCUCCCGGCGUCCGGUGAGCGAGGUGGAAAGGCAGGUGGCCUCGUUGUCUGGGCAGUGUCACGGCCACGACGAGAAGCUCCGAGAGCUGGCAGCUGUGCUUCGGAGACUGCAGGCGCGGGUGGACCAGAUGGACGGAGACGGCGGCGGGACCCUGUCCCCGACUGACUCCGUGACCUUCCGCCGGGAGCACGAAUCGCGAAUCUCAAACCUAGAGGACGUUCUUGGAAAGCUGACACAAAAAUCCGAGGCCAUCCAGAAGGAAUUAGAACAGACCAAGCUGAGAACAGCUAGCAGGCUUGAGGAAGAGCCGCACCUCCUUUCCAUGGUUAAGCAGCUGGAACUGGAGCUGGGUCAUCUGAGAUCAGAAUUGUCCACGUGGCAGCAUUUGAAAACCAGUUGUGAGGAAGUCAGCACGAUACACGGAAAGGUGGACGCCCAAGUCAGAGAAACUAUCAAGCUCAUGUUCUCCGAUGAGCAAGGCGGUGCUCUGGAAUGGCUGCUACAGAAACUGUCUUCCCGGCUCGUCAGCAAGGGUGAUUUGCAGGGUUUGUUGCGGGACUUGGAGCUGCAGGUGCUGGAGAGCGUCACCCGCCACACUUCUGUGACACAGCAGGUCUCCGGCCCUGAGACCGCACCGUCUGCUGCGAAUGAGGCCGGGGCUUCUGGGAUAACGGAAGCGCAAGCGCGUGUCCUUGUGAACAACGCCCUGAAGCUGUAUUCCCAAGAUAAGACCGGCAUGGUGGACUUCGCCCUGGAGUCUGGUGGUGGAAGCAUCCUGAGCACUCGCUGCUCGGAGACGUAUGAGACCAAGACCGCACUGAUCAGCCUCUUCGGGAUCCCGCUCUGGUACUUCUCCCAGUCCCCCCGCGUCGUGAUCCAGCCUGACAUCUAUCCAGGCAACUGCUGGGCAUUCAGGGGCUCCCAGGGGUACCUCGUGGUGAGGCUGUCCAUGGAGAUCCACCCGACCACCUUCACUCUGGAGCACAUACCAAAGACGCUGUCGCCCACGGGCAACAUCACCAGCGCCCCCAAGGACUUCGCGGUCUAUGGACUAGAAAACGAACACCAGGAGGAAGGACGGCUCCUGGGACGGUUUACGUACGAUCAAGACGGGGAGUCCCUCCAGAUGUUCCACGCGCCGAAAAGACCCGAGAGAGCUUUCCAGAUAGUGGAACUUCGGAUUUUCUCUAACUGGGGCCAUCCGGAAUACACGUGUCUGUAUCGGUUCAGAGUCCACGGAGAACCCAUCAAGUAAAGAUCCUGCUGUCGGUUCUUGUACAUCUUGUAUAUACUGGGACAGCCUGAGACACUGGAACCCUUUGUGAACCAGGGCACGUGGAGUAACAGGAUACUGUCGCCCCUAAAUAAACGCCACCGACUGCCACUGGGAGUGGACGCCCUGCUUGCUCUUCUGUCCACAGAAAACACUGCAUGUCGAAUGCGUAGUUUCACCGAGGUCUGCCAGCAACAGCCGACCUCUGUGGAGAUUCCUUUGAAUGUGUGGGUCACAAAGACACAUGUGUUGUUUUGGGGAUUUGUUUUUGAACGUGAAGCUCUUGAUACUUGUAUUUUCUUGACAUCAGGAACAAAGCAAAUGAAAUUAAAAGGUCGAAGUGUUUGAAGCUUU